AGGAACCACAAAACAUGUCGCUGUUAUUGUUUGAAACGGAAUUUCAAAUGCUGGGCGAGGAACAAAGUGAUAAAUUGUUCAAGGGCUUGUUCGCAGUAUCCCAAUUAUUGGGAGGCUUGGCUGUCAUAUUAGUGGCGAUAUGGAUGAGUAGCUAUAGUGGUGGUUUCGCAUGGGGAGACCCAGUCCACACAUUCAAUUAUCAUCCGAUGUUCAAUAUCAUUGUGGUAUUUCUUCUCGGAGAGGCCGUGAUGGUGUACCGUGUGUUCCGUCACAAAAGCAAGAAGUUCACUAAAACUAUGCACGUAAUUAUAAUGACAUUGGUGUUGCUGUCCUCGAUGAUCGCUUCAAAGGCCGUUUAUGAUUCACAUAAUAUGAACAAGUUCCCGCAUGCGAUGUCACUCCAUUCUUGGGUUGGACUCUUCGUCAUCCUCGGUCUGGGUGGCCAGUAUGCCUUUGCGUUCUCCUGCUUCGUCUAUCCAGUUCUUCCGCUUACUAUUCGCCAGCUCUACAUGCCCUUCCAUCAGUCGGGUGGCCUGUGGUUCUUCGGACUUCUAGCUGUCAAUGUAGGAAUGGGAAUAGCUCAAAGAGCCGCUUGGAACCAUACUUGCUGGACGAAAGGACAUGAACUCUGUGGACCGCAGGUUGUCUCAAAUCUUCUUGGCGUCUGUGUAUUUCUAUAUACACUAAUCGUUAUGAUUCUGGUUGCGAAUCCCAGGUGGAAACGCAGUCCACUGCCAGAGGAAGUGAGUCCCGCCAAGAAUACCGAGAAUACCGCUAGAAGCGCGAAAAAGGUCCGAAAUGAGUAACGAAUGAGAGCUGGACGCCGCCGAGCUGCAUGUAAAUAACAGUACGAAGUCUUUUCCACAGAUGACAAGUUUUCAUGUACAUAUUGAACUAACAAUUUUUAUU